AUGCAGUUUCUUGCUCUCGCCGUGGCCAGCGUGCCCCUCUCAGCAUGGGCGCUGCAGCGUGCAUGUUCGCACUUCAUCAUCAACAGCAGCCAUGUCACGGCCUCUUCGUAUCUCGUCCUGCUGGCCCUUGCCGCCAUCGCCGUCCAGCUCAACCUCUCGCUUGUCAGGAAAUAUCUAUUCUACCGCCGUGCCCGCGCUCUCGGCUGCGGAACCGUAGCCGUGUACCCGCACAAGGAUCCAAUCCUCGGACUCGACUCGUUCAGCGAGGGGCUGCGCGCCUUCAACAGCCACAGGCUACUCGACAUGUACGCCAAGCGGUUCGCGUCGUGCGGCACCACCCACUACACCAACACGCUGGGCAGCUGGGUGCUCAUGACCAACGAGGUUGAGAACGUCAAGACAAUCCUGACCCGGAUCGACGACUGGCCCAUCGCCGGCCCACGGCAGCUCGCUGUGCUGGCCGUGCUCGGCCCGGACAGCAUCUUUACCAGCAACGGCGCGGCUUGGCACAAGGCGCGCGUCAUGAUGCGGCCGGCGUUUGUGCGAGACCAGGUCGCCGACCUCGCCUGCUUCGACCGGCACAUCGCCAACCUGCUGGCCGCGAUCCCUGCGGACGACGGCAAAACGUUCGACAUGCAGGCGCUGCUGCUCGACAUGACCAUGGACGCGUCGACCGACUUUCUGAUGGGCUACUCGACCAACACGCUGACGACGGCGCCCAGUCCCGAGGCGCUGCAGUUUGUUCAGGACUUUGAGUACGCCAGCCGCGAGAGCGCAAAGAAAUCCCGCCUCGGGCAGGUGCUGUUCAUGCUCCCGCACCGCGAGCUGACGGAGGCGGUCCGCCGGCUGCGCGAGUACGUGCGCUUCUACAUCAAGAAGACGGCGGCGGAGGCAGAAACAAAGGAGAAAGAGCGCGGCUAUGUGUUCCUCGAUGAGCUGCUCAAGGCAAACCCACCUGAGGACUACGCCGUGGACCAGAUCCUGUCCAUCCUAAUUGCCGGUCGGGACACGACCGCAUCCGCGAUCACGGCGGCUUUCUACUUUUUGGCGCGUCACCCGGCCGCGGUCGAGAGGCUGCGCUGCGAGGUGUGCGCUCCGGAUCUGGAUGACCACCCAACCUGGGAGCAGUUGAAGCGGUUGAAGUAUCUGAAUAAUGUCAUCAAGGAAGCCCUGCGUCUCUUUUCGCCCGUGUCCACAAACUCGCGAGCGGCGAGCAAGGAGACCGUACUCCCCCGCGGCGGCGGGCCAAGCGGGAAACAGCCCAUCCUCGUGCCCAAGGGGACGCCGGUCCGCUGGUCAGUUCACGGGCUGCACCGCAACAAAGAGAUAUAUGGACCGGACGCGGACGAGUUCCGGCCCGAACGGUGGGAGUCGGAUCUUCGGGUUGGCUGGGAGUACUUACCCUUCAGCGGAGGCCCACGCAUCUGCCUUGGCCAACAGUUCGCCCUCACCCAGAUCGCCUACACGCUGUUCAAGUUCUUCAGGGCCUUCCGGGCCAUUGAGGCCCGGGACUCGGGCCCGCUGCUUGCCCAGACCAACUUGACAGCUUCUUUUCCGUAUGGUUGUUUGGUUAGUGUGACACGUGCGUGA